CUCUGCAACCUCCGCCACCGCGAGAAGGAAAACAUUAGACUCUCAGCAAGCUGCAGUCAAUGAGCUGCCAGUGGUUCCCAGUUUACAGUUCAUCUGAUUCUAGAAGUAUUCUAGUUCCUCGGAGCCCGGAGCCCCUGUAGAGCGGACACACUGACCUCAGAUCUCACGGAGCCCGGAGCCACUAUAGAGAGGAACCCCAGAGCCCCCGUAAAGUGGACCCCCAGACCUUGGAUCUAUUUAUCAUCCCGUCAUGAAUGAAGUGGAGGGGCUGCGGCUCCGCAGGCUGAACCGACCCCAGGUCAUCACGGACGAUCUGCACAUGCCCCAGAGCAAGGGCUCCAGUAGCUACAGUGGGAAGGUGUUCCGGGUGGUGCUGGUGUCCCUGGCGGUGUUCCUGUUGUUCCCGCUCCUGGUGGUGUGUCUGAUCCUCGAGUCUCCGAUCCAACCCGACGUCCUCAGGCUGAGCGAGCCCCCGGUGAUGAGCGGAUGCUAUGAGCCCAACCUGGAGCUCAGGGACGCCCAGAGGCUGUUCGAGGACCAGAUCCAAGGCCCCGAGUCCAUCGUCAACAUCGGCGACGUCCUCUACACCGGGACCGCCGACGGCAAGAUCCUGAAGCUGGUGGGCCGGAGGUCGUACCUGGUGGCCCGGCUGGGACAGCCCCCCUGCGGCACCACGGAGGCGGAGCCUGUGUGUGGCCGGCCCCUGGGCAUGAGAGUCGGCCCCAAUGGGACGCUGUUCGUGGCCGACGCCUACCUGGGAGUGUUUGAGGUCAACCCCACCACAGGGGAGGUGACCCGGCUGGUGUCGGGGGGCCAGGUGGUGGCGGGCAGGAAGCUGUCGUUCAUCAACGACCUGGAUGUGACGGCCGACGGCAGGAAGGUGUACUUCACCGACUCCAGCAGCAGGUGGCAGCGCAGAGACUACCUGCUGCUCAUCAUGGAGGCCACCGCCGACGGCCGCGUGCUGGAGUACGACAUGGACAGCAGGGAGGUUACCGUGGUGAUGGAGAACCUCCGCUUCCCCAACGGCAUCCAGCUGCUCCCCGACGAGGAGUCGGUCCUCGUGGCCGAGACCACCAUGGCCCGGAUCCGCAGGGUCCACGUGUCGGGUCUGAACAAGGGCGGGAUGGACAUGUUUGUGGAGAACCUGCCCGGUUUCCCUGACAACAUCCGGCCCAGCUCCACAGGGGGGUACUGGGUCGCCAUGGCAACCAUCCGCCCCAACCCCGGCUUCUCCAUGAUGGACUUCCUGGCCCAGAGACCGUGGGUCAAGAAGCUGGUCUUCAAGGUCUUCAGCCGGGAGGUGCUGAUGAAGAUGGCUCCGCCCUACAGCCUGGUGGUGGAGCUGCAUGAGGGUGGGGUUUGCACCCGCAGCCUCCACGACCCCCAGGGGCUGGUGGCGGCCUACGUCAGCGAGGCCCACGAGCACGACGGCUACCUGUACCUGGGCUCCUUCCACUCGCCCUACAUCAGCCGGCUGCAGCUCCGCAAGGCCUGAGGGGGAGGGGGGAGGAGGGAGGGGGGAGGGGGGAUAGGGUGGAGCUGGAGGUGAGGGGAUGAGAGGUGGAUGAACAUGAAUACAUGUGUGUGUGUGUGUGUGUGUGUGUGUGUGUGUGUGUGUGUGUGUGUGUGUGUGUGUGUGUGUGUGUGUGUGUGUGUGUGUGUGUGUGUGUGUGUGUGUGUGUGUGUGUGUGUGGUCGCUAUACUUCCCGUCGAUCCACAACGUGCCAAAUCCUUUUUUUGUUCUUAGUUUCCUUAUUUGCACUUUAAUUUAUUGGUUUUGCACGGUUCACCCUCAUCUUCCUCUUCGUCCAUCGCUCGUCCAGUAUUUAAAACGGCUUUGCUGCGUCCCAGGUACCGGACCAUUACCCCGUGGACCAAUCAGGUCACAGCCUGGGAUGUCAUUCAAGAUGGCCGACGUAGGGCUGCUCAGUAACCAAUCCCAGUGUCUAGUUUCUCACAUCACGCCUAGCAACUGUUCCCUGGCCACGCAGUUGAUUUUAAAUACAAACCCGGUGUCUCAUUAACACAUCGACUGAGGACAGAUACUGCACUAGUUGAAUAUAACUAGUGUAAACUAGUUAUACACUAGUUAUAUACAACUAGUAUAUAACUAUAAUUCUAUAUAGCUAUAGUCAUAUUCUAGUUGUAUGUAAUCAUGUAUAUAUAACUAGUAUAUAACUAUAGUUAUAUAAAAUUUGUAUGUAUAGUUAUCUACAACUAUAGUUGUAGAUAACUGUACUCUGUAUAGUUAUUUAUAACUAGUAUAUAACUAUAUAUUUAUAUAUAACUAUACUCUAUAUAGUCAUAUAUAACUAUAUUUAUAUAUAACUAUACUCUAUAUAGUUAUAUAGAACUAUUAUAUAACUAUACUCUAUAGUCACAUAGAACUAUAUAGUCAUAUCUAACUAGUAUAUAACUAUUCUGCCCCAAUGCACUGUUUAAACUCACUUGCCCGUUUAACGUCUUCGCCCAAGUUAUAUUGAACACAUUGAAAGUUUCUAUGUAACAGAGUGAAAUUUGUCCAUGUUGCGUUCCUGACCGAGUCGUCACUCUGUGAAGCCGUGUCUUCCUAACUUUGUGUUCGCAGCCCUGCGGAAAAUAAAAAACUGUUUUAAACUA